CGCGGGAGGAGUGGGGCCGCGCGGCGCCCGCCGCCCCGACAGCACCGAGGGCUCGCGAGGAAGCCGCCGCCGCCCCGGUCUCCGCCGCAGCCCAGCGGCGUCUCCAGCCAGCGGGACCGGGCUGCCCGUGCCCGUGGCGGGAGGAAAAUGGCUCAAGCUACUGCACCAGCAGCAUCCAUCCAUGAUGAGGAAUCCUUAGAAAGCAGAAUGGUGGUUAAAUUCCUCAUGUCAGGACUUGAGUCAAUGUGUAAAGAACUUACCAAGUCCAAGGCAGAAGUUGCCUGUAUUGCUCUGUAUGAAACAGAUGUGUUUGUAGUUGGAACUGAAAAAGGAAGAGCCUUUGUCGACUCUAGGAAAGAUUUUCAGAAGGAUUUUGUUACAUACUGUGUUACAGAAGAGGACAGGGCUGCAGAACUGCAGAAAACGAAGACUACACCAGCUGAAACAGGGGUAAACAAUCUCACAGGGAAUGUUGUAGACGUGGAAACUCUUAGAAAGUCUGUGGAGGACUUUUUCUGCUUUUGCUAUGGUGAAGCUUUAGGAACAUCAACGAUGGUAUCUGUGCCAUAUGAGAAGAUUCAGAGGGACCAGUCUGCUGUGAUAGUGCAGGGCCUGCCCAAAGGACUUGCGUUUAAAAAUCCAGCAAAUUACGAUGUUUCAACCCUGAAAUGGAUUUUGGAAAACAAGUCAGGGAUCUCGUUUAUUAUCAAAAGGCCUUUCCUAGAACCAGAGGAACACAUAGGAGCUCAUAUGACAGAUGCUUCACAUUCAGUUACACCUCUGGGUGGAAGUUGUCCUCCUAUUAAAGUGAAAAUGGAGCCAAGCGGAGAUUCUGGAAUUUCUUCGGAAACGGCAACAGUACCAGUGAAGGGGGAAUCAGAUGACCCUGACUACGGUAGAUUUAAUAUCCCAGCAGGCCCUUCCAAGACAUCAGACAUGGAUGAAAAAUCUAGUCUUGCAAAAAGUUACACAGCUUCCUCCCAGCAUGAGUCGUCAGAAACACGUGAGAAUCCUGAGGUUGAGGUCACUAUUGAAGAUGAUGAUGACUAUCUGCCCCCUAACGAGAGACCAAAAAGUGCCCAGUCAACUAAUGGAGCUGGCAAUUCUGGGAGAAGAAAAGUGGAAGAGUGCACUGUUGCUUCCUCCCAGCAUGAGUCGUCAGAAACAAGUGAGGAUUCUGAGGUUGAGUUCUCCAAUGAAGAAGAUGAUGAUGACUAUCUGCCCCCUAACAAGAGACCAAAACGCACUAGGUCAACUAAUGGAGCUGACAAUUCUGGGAGAAGAAAAGUGGAAGAGUGCACUGUUGCUUCCUCCCAGCAUGAGUCGUCAGAAACAAGUGAGGAUUCUGAGGUUGAGUUCUCCAAUGAAGAAGAUGAUGACGACUACCUGCCCUGUAACAAGAGACCAAAACGUACUAGGUCAACUAAUGGAGCUGGCAAUUCUGGGAGAAGAAAAGUGGAAGAGUGCAAUGUUGCUUCCUCCCAGCAUGAGUCGUCAGAAACAAGUGAGGAUCCUGAGGUUGAGGUCACUAUUGAAGAUGAUGACGACUACCUUCCCUGUAACAAGAGACCGAAACGCACUAGGUCAACUAAUGAAGCUGGCAAUACUGGUAGAAGAAAAGCAGAAGAGUGCAAUGUUGCUUCCUCCCAGCAUGAGUCGUCAGAAACAAGUGAGGAUUCUGAGGUUGAGUUCUCCAAUGAAGAAGAUGAUGACGACUACCUGCCCUGUAAUGAGAGACCGAAACGCACUAGGUCAACUAAUGAAGCUGGCAAUACUGGUAGAAGAAAAGUGAGAGAGUGCAAUGUUGCUUCCUCCCAGCAUGAGUCGUCAGAAACACGUGAGAAUCCUGAGGUCGAGGUCACUAUUGAAGAUGAUGAUGACUAUCUGCCCCCUAACGAGAGACCAAAAAGUGCCCAGUCAACUAAUGGAGCUGACAAUUCUGGGAGAAGAAAAGUGGAAGAGUGCACUGUUGCUUCCUCCCAGCAUGAGUCGUCAGAAACAAGUGAGGAUUCUGAGGUUGAGUUCUCCAAUGAAGAAGAUGAUGAUGACUAUAUGCCCUCAUAUAAGAGACGAAAAAGGACCAAGUCGACUAAUGAAGCUGGCAAUUCUGAGAAAAGAAAAGUUGGAGAAUUCAAUUUUGAGAAAUGGAAUGCACGAAUUACAGACUUGAGAAAGCAAGUUGAAGAGCUGUUUGAAAAAAAAUACGCUGAAGCUAUAAAAGCAAAAGGUCGAGUGUCUAUCCCAUACUCACUCUUCCAGUCAGCUGCGGAAGACUUACAAGUGGAAGGGCUGCCAGAAGGUGUCCCCUUCAGGCGUCCAUCCACGUACGGCAUUCCCCGGCUGGAGAGGAUACUUCUAGCAAAGGAGAGGAUUAAAUUUGUGAUUAAAAGGGAUGAACUUCUGAAUUCAACAGAUGUUCCAUUGGACAAAACAGCUAAAGGAGUCUCAAAUACAGGAAAAGAGGAGUGGCAUACCAAAGUCACCAAACUGAGAAAGAUGGUAGAUCAACUCUUCUGUAAAAAGUUUGCCAAGGCCUUGGGGAGCAGUGAGCCCAAAGUUGUUCCAUACAAGAAAUUUGAAGCUCAUCCAACUGACCUCUAUGUUGAAGGGCUGCCAGAAAACAUCCCUUUUAGGAGUCCCUCCUGGUAUGGAAUCCCUUGCCUUGAACAAAUAAUUCAAGUGGGCAAGAGAAUAAAAUUUGUGAUCAAAAAACCAGAGCUGCUAACUCUCACUUCAACCGAAAUUAUUCAGCCCAGGUUGAACCCAAGAGAGAGAGAAGAUUGGAAUGCCAAGAUCACAAACCUAAGAAACCAAGUAGAAGAGUUAUUUAGUAAGAAAUUUGGCCAAGCUCUGGGGAUUUCAGAGAUAGUGAAAGUUCCCUAUGCUAUAUUUGAGUCAAAUCCUGCGCAUUUGUGCGUUGAAGGCUUGCCAGAUGGAAUCCCCUUCCGGAGUCCCACAUGGUUUGGAAUUCCACGCCUUGAAAGAAUUAUCCGUGCGAGUGACAAAAUCAAAUUUGUUAUUAAAAAGCCUGAGCUUCUCAAUUCCUAUUUGUCUCGAAAACUGGCUAAUAAAAAAUACACAAAAGCAACGAGUCCAGGGAGUUCCAAAAGGUCGCGAAGUCCUGCACGCAAUUCAAAUGUCCCAGAGAUUGAAGUUACUGUUGAUGGAAGUCCUGAUAAAACACAAACAACAAGGACUCAAACUAAUUCUCAAACCAAUGGCUCCAAUAUAAAUUUCAAGCUACAAGGAAAAGACUUCUCUUUUCAGGCAUGGAAUGCCAAAAUUAGUGACUUAAAGCAGAGAGUCGAAGAUCUUUUUAAUGAAAAAUGUGGGGAAGCGCUAGGACUCGGUAAACCGGUGAAGGUGCCAUUUUCACUGUUUGAAUCCUUCCCGGACGUUUUCUACGUGGAAGGACUACCUGAGGGGGUACCUUUCCGCCAACCUUCAACUUUUGGAAUUCCAAGACUAGAGAAGAUCCUGAGAAACAAAUCUAAAAUAAAAUUCAUUAUUAAAAAGCCUGAGAUGUUGGAGGCAGCUGUUAAAGAAAGUUCUGCUAGAAGCCCCUCAAAUGAUGACAGUGAGCGACCGUCAAAAGUAGAAAAGACCAGACAAUUGAGAGAGCAAGUAAAUGAUCUUUUUAGCCAGAAAUUUGGUGAAGCCACUGGUAUGAAUUUUCCUGUGAAAGUUCCAUACAGAAAAAUCACUACCAACCCUGGGUGUGUGGUGGUGGAGGGGUUGCCUCCCGGCGUGGCGUUUAAAGCACCCAGUUAUCUGGAAAUCAGCUCGAUGGAGAAGAUUUUGGAAUCAGCAGAACUUAUCAAGUUUACUGUCGUUCGACCAUUUCCAGGACUUGUGAUUAACAAUCAUCUGAUGGAAAAAGCUGAAGCAGAAGCAUCACCCACAGCAGCAGCCCCAGGACUACCAGAGCCAGCUGAAACAAGCAGAAUAGAAGUAUCUCUAGGAGAUAACACAGGAAAAGAAGAAAAUUCUCAAAUAAAACAAGAACCACACCCAAUAAAGCAAGAACCACACCCAAUGUCGUAGACAUGACCAAUACCAGAAGCAUCCGGUUCUGAGAAGAGCCUGCUGGGCCUGUCUAGAGCUGUGUAAUAUAACUGUGUAAGAAAAAUAUCUUCAAUUCAAACCCUUUUGUAUAAGAGAAAUACCUUCUAUACAAACCCUUUUGUAUUUUUAAAUAUAAAUGUGUACUUUUUCAGCAGUUCUGUGAAUUGACUUAAAGCAAAAAAUGACUGUAGAUUUGGAAUGGCUGGUUUUACUUUGGAAUAUAUUUUAAGGACUAAAUACGAUGCAGCAAUGCUGGGGAGAUGAUAGGGAUUAAAAUGAUUAUGGACUUAGCUGAGGCUGUCUACAUUUCCCAAUACAGCUAAAUUUCACCAUACCUGAAUGCAUCUCAGCUUUUUUAAUGAGGAAAAAUUUCUGUAAAGAGUUCACUUUUUUUACUUUGGAAGAAAAAAAAAAUCAUUCAUUUUCAGUUACUAUUUUAAUGGUUGAUUGGACAAUAGUAUCUGCAUAUUUGAACUAAUUUUUCCUGUCAUACCUGCCACAAUUUAUAUGUUUUCCCUAAAUAAAAGAUAUACUGGUUCAUUUGA